ACGAGCCCAAUCAGGAGCCGACCAGGCGACUCGGUAACUUCGGGCCAGCUAAAGUUGGGGCGGGUUUCGCCCCACCCUUACCAAAAGGGCAACAGUGGUAAACUCGUUUUUUCCGAACCGCCUCCGUCAGUUAAACACGACGAAACCGCACCGCUUGGCGGGCUAACUCUUUUUGGUCCAGAGCUGCAGAUUGCGUGUUGUGUGUGUUCGCGUACUUGAGUCCCAGAGAGAGAGAGGAGGGGGGUUGGCAAUUGGCAUUGAAAUGAGGUACCGGAGGUUCGCGCAGAUUUCGACGAGCGACGACGACGAGGAGGCGCCGCCGAAGCAGCAGCAUCAGCAGCAGCCACAGUCCUCGAAUUCCGGAGACGAGAGCCAGCCGCGGCGGAAGCGACUAAAGCGCAUGAAGCUCGCGGAGGAGGAAGAGGAACCGAAGGAGAAGAAGCGCCAGCAGAAGAAGAGGAAGAAGGGGAGGGAAGCAUCGGAGGACGAAGAGGAAGCAGAGGAGGAAGAGCCGCAGCAGGAAGACGCCAAGCCGAUUGGUGAGCCGGUGAGGUUCUCCGGGAAAGGGAGAGGCCGGAGGAGCCACUACGAGGCGUUCGAGUUCGACUACAAUCGAUACGAGCUGGAGGAUCCUGUACUUCUAGCUCCUGAGGAUAAGGAACAAAAGCCUUAUGUCGCGAUAAUUAAGGAUAUUAGUCAGACGAAAGAUGGGAGCAUGAUGGUAACUGGACAGUGGUUUUAUCGCCCUGAAGAGGCAGAGAGAAAAGGCGGUGGAAGCUGGCAAUCACGUGAUACAAGAGAGCUUUUUUACAGUUUCCACCGUGAUGAGGUCCCAGCAGAAUCUGUAAUGCACAAGUGUUUGGUGCAUUUUGUUCCCAUAAACAAGCAGCUUCCAAGUCGGAAAGAGCAUCCUGGCUUUAUUGUACAAAAGGUGUAUGACACUGUUGCACGGAAACUGUGGAAACUGACUGAUACAGACUAUGAAGAUAAUAAGCAGCAUGAGAUUGAUCUUCUUGUUCAGAAAACUCUCUCACGUUUGGGGGAUCUUCCUGACAUUGAAACUGAAGAUACAGCUGCUGAACAAGAAGAUCAGCUUAAGACUAAACGAGCUUUAAGGAGAAAGAACAUUUCACCUCUUGAUGUUACAAGAGAGGAAGAAGCAACAGCAAGGUCUGAUCAACAUCUAAAAGCUGAAACACCUGGAAGCUGUACAAAUAAUAAUUCAGAAUACCGCUGUAUUUUAGCCAAUUUCAAGGCAUUGACUGGAGAGAACCAUCGUGAUAUAUGCCUAGAGGCGCUUCUUAAAGGAAUUCAAUACAUGUGCAAUUCUGUCGACAGCAUGGAUGGAGAUGACAAAGAAAAAGGUGGUUCUGAUGGCAUUGGCCACGAAAGAGAGAAUAAGUGUCAAGAAGCUGCAAAUGGAUCUCAAGAAAAGAUUGUAAAGAGUGGCAAGUCUUUUCUCUGGCCAGAUGCUGCUGUUCCAGCUGUAAUUGCUCUUGAGAGGACCGCGCAUGACACUUUUUCCUCAGAUCAGAAGUAUAACCAAAAGAUGCGAUCAAUGGUGUUUAAUCUCAAGAGCAACGCAUUACUGGCCCGGCGUCUUCUAAAUGGAGAGUUGGAACCAUCAAAAAUACUGAACAUGUCACCAAAUGAGUUAAAGGAGGGUUUAACAGCAGAGGAAACAGCAAGAACAGAGCCUGAUGAGUCAGAGCGCAUGCAGAUGACAGAUGCUCGUUGCUCAAGAUGCAGUGAGAAAGUUGGUGUAAGAGACAUUAUCCAAGCAGGACAUGGAGAGCGCUAUCAGUUGGAGUGUAUUGCCUGCGGCCAUUCCUGGUAUGCCUCUAGGGACGAGGCAUCCAAACUGACAAUAGAUGCACCAAGUACGCACAGAAGCGUUGGCACAGCACCUUUGGCCACUGCUAAAUUUGAAGACGUAGAGAAGAAGCUGGUGAGUCCCCGUGAAUCUGAUAAGCCGGCCAUUGACGCUUUCAAGAAAACAAGUGAAGCAUCCAUGCCUGCCCUGGAUACCCAGAAAUCAUUUGGUAGGCCCAAAAAGGAAGAAAAAACUGAAUCUCCUCGAAAUGCCGAGUAGAAUAUGCCAGCCCUUGCAGUUUUGGGUCAAGACUUAGUGUUUCGGUUUGACGUGGCAUAUUUUAAGUGGCUUUUCAUGUCUGUCACUUCAAAGAACAUAAAAGAAAAAUCACAUAAAUUACGUCAGAUAAAUUCCUCUUUUAGUUUUGUGGAAUUGUCCUCUUGUACAGUUAAACUGUAGGUAGGUCUAAUGCAUACAAGCUGCGGUUUUGUUGUGUAUAGCUUUAAGCAGAUUACAAGUUGUUGUCUCAUACAUCUCUUUUCUUUUAUCUGAAGUUAGUUCCAUGAAAGAAUAUGCGGGUUGAAGAUGCCA